GUUCGUAUAAAUAGGAGAGUGCAAUGUAAGCACCAGAUUAGGGUUUUUGAAUUUCUCAAUCGGAGUUUCGCCGGCUCAGUGUCCAGUGCAAUGUCGCUUGUUGCCAACGAGGAUUUCCAGCACAUUCUGCGUGUGCAGAACACAAAUGUCGAUGGCAAGCAGAAGAUCAUGUUCGCCAUGACCUCGAUCAAGGGUAUUGGGCGACGUUUCGCCAACAUUGUCUGUAAAAAAGCUGAUAUCGACAUGAACAAGAGAGCUGGUGAGCUUUCUGCUGCUGAGAUAGAUAGCUUGAUGGUGAUCGUGGCCAAUCCCCGCCAAUUCAAGAUCCCAGACUGGUUUCUGAAUAGGAAGAAGGAUUACAAGGAUGGGAAGUUCUCUCAAGUGACUUCCAAUGCCUUGGACAUGAAGCUCAGGGAUGACCUUGAACGUUUGAAGAAGAUCAGGAACCACCGUGGUCUGCGUCACUACUGGGGCCUUCGCGUGCGUGGGCAGCACACUAAGACUACUGGUCGCAGAGGAAAGACAGUUGGUGUCUCAAAGAAGCGAUGAGAAUCUUCAGUUUCUGUCAUUAUUAUGUAUUUCUUGGCUUAUCACAUAUAUAUUAUCUGAGAUUGGUAUUGUUGAGGAUUUGAGUUUUUGAUGCUGCUUUAGUUUUGUCACGUAGGACGACAAGCCAAUAGAAUUUAUAAUUUGAUUCA